GUCGGGUCGGACGCAAAGUGUGAUGGGUGUCCGAAACGUGCACAAGCAGCUGUAACAAGUACCUCGACACCCAGAACAUCAACAACAACAGAGAUGGCCCCGCAUCGAUACAGCAACAUCGUCGCUGCGACCCUUAUCACUGGAGCAGCUGCAAUUAACAAUGGCCUAGCUGUAACACCUCCGAUGGGUUGGAACAAUUGGAACGCCUUCGGCUGCGAUGUCUCGGAAGACCUGUUGUACACAACCUCAGAUCAGAUCUUGGGUCUUGGUCUUCGAGACUUAGGAUAUGAUCACGUUGUGCUGGACGACUGCUGGCAAGAUGUCAAUGGUCGUGACAAGAAUGGCAAACUUCAACCCGAGCUCAGCAAAUUUCCCAAUGGCUUGAAAUCAAUAUCAGAUCAUCUCCACGGUCAAGGACUGAAAUAUGGCAUGUACAGCAGCGCAGGCGAGAUGACCUGUGCACGUUUCUCUGGAUCUCUCGACCAUGAAGUUGAUGAUGCCAACAGCUUCGCUGAGUGGGGAGUUGAUAUGCUCAAGUAUGACAGCUGUUAUCACAUGGGCAGGAUCGGAACACCCCAGAUCUCGUUCAAUCGUUUCAAGGUCAUGUCAGAUGCUCUGAAGGCCACUGGACGAAACAUCCUGCUCAACUUGUGCAACUGGGGAGAAGACUCGGUACAUACUUGGGGAAUGUCUAUUUCGAACUCGUGGCGCAUCACAGGCGAUAUCUACGACAGCUUCACGCGACCUGAUGAUUUGUGCGGCUGUAACACCAUGGCUCCUGGUGAUCCAUCCUGCAUCGCCCCUGGAACCCACUGCUCCGUCAUCUUCAUCCUAAACAAAGUCGCUCCAUUUGCGGACCGAUCCAUCCCAGGCGGCUGGAGCGAUCUCGACAUGCUCGAAGUCGGCCAAGGCGGCAUGACAGACGAAGAAUACAAAGCCCACUUCGCACUCUGGGCGGCGCUCAAGUCUCCCCUCUUCCUAGGCAACGAUCUCCGCUCCAUGCCGGCGUCGGCGCUAACCAUCAUCAACAACCCCGCCAUCAUCGCGCUCAGCCAGGAUCCCCAUGGCAGAUCGGUGACUCGAGUCCGCAGAGACACAAAGGUCGCCAAAGACCAGUACGGCGAGGGCGAGACGCACGUCUGGGCGGGCUAUCUGCACAACGGCGACCAGGCCGUCAUCCUUCUCAACGCUGCCGCCGAGGAUCUUGACAUGGACAUCUCCCUGUCGGAGAUCUUCACGCCCUUUGGCCCUCACGGGUCCGCACCUCACGUCAAGUACGACUGGGCCGUGCACGAUCUGUGGGCGCACCGCAUGGCCGAAGAGACUGCGGAGGAGUUGCUCGCUGCCACGUCUGAAGCGGAUCGCGCGGCCAUCUUGAAGAAGGUGAGCUGGUACAAUGCGACCGAGACGCCGUACGAGCAGGGUCUUCGCGAGGGUGAUGCCAGGCUGUUUGGCGAGAAGGUCGGUGUCGUCAAGGCUGGCGGCAGCUUGAAGGCACCGGUGAAGAGCCAUGCUGCGAAGGUGUUCAGGCUGAGGAGAAUUGCGAAGGAGGGCGAGAAGUUCCAGGGGAAGAGCAUUGAUCGUGUUGCCAAGGACGAGUUGUGAGGGGCCGGUACCCGUGGUCUGUUGUUGUAGAUGAGCACUUGUUGUUCUAGUACCUCAUGUGGGACGGCGAGCUGCAUAGAUUUAGACUUUCCUUUCGAUCAUGAGCUGCAUAGGCGGAGCAACGGUGUACAGUGCUAAUGGACAUGUGAUUGGGUAUAUGAAGGCUAUCAAGCUUUUCGCUAAACUUUAUGUACGUCCACCCGCCAUCUGUGGGCAACAUCUCUCCUGCCAUUACCUGCCCCCUCCCCCCUCUCCGCUCAGUAUUGUGCAAGAAGUGAGAAACCAGUCCACUUGUCUCGCGGGUCUGCCUAGGCUGCGAACUGCAUGCCCUCACCGACCUCGCUGAGCGCGGCCUGGGUGCCGCCGUACUCCUUGGGG